AUGUUGGGGGGGGGCCCCGCUAUAGGGAGGUAUUUGAGCGCUGGGCCAGGGGGCCGGCUAGCAGCACAUCAGCAGCAGCAGCAGCAGCAGCAGCAGCAGGGUCCUUGGGGUUCUAUUGCUCGUGUAGGCAGUGGAGUUGUAAGCAUGCGACAGCAGCAGCAGCAGCAGCAGCAGCAGCAGCAUUCACAAGCUUUAUUAGGUAUACCUGCAGCAGCAGCAGAUACAGCAGCAGAUCGCCUAAGGCCUGGUGGUGGGGCUGGUGGGGGGGCCCCUGCUGGGGGGGGCCCCGGGGGGGCCCCCCAUACCAGCAUGAUCACAGGCACCGGGGGGGGGGCCCCCAGAGGGUACGGCUCCGAGCUCCACCGCACCGGCAGCGCCCCCCCAGCCCCCCUGCUGUGCAGCAGCAGCGACAGCAGGGGCUGGGCUGCUGGGGGAAGCAUAGGUGUGGGGGGGAGGCAUGCAGGCGGGGAGCAGCAGCAACGUGUUGCUGCUGCUGUUGCAGGAGGGGGGCCCCCUGCUGCUGCAGGGGGGGGCCCCUUCGUUUUCGAGGGUGUGGGGGGGAGGCAUGCAGGCGGGGAGCAGCAGCAACGUGUUGCUGCUGCUGUUGCUGGAGGGGGGCCCCCUGCUGCUGCAGGGGGGGGCCCCUUCGUUUUCGAGGGUACUGGAGGGGCUGCUGGAGCAGCUGCAGCAGCUGCUGCUGCUGCUGCUGCUGUUGCUGUUGUUACAGCAGCAGCAGCAGCAGCAGCAGCUGUUUUAGCUGAUGCGGCUGCUGGGCUUUCGCUGCUGCAGUGA